UAGAAAUUUGAACUGAUUUUAUGUAAUGGUGCAUGUAUCGUGAUUGAAGAUAGUUAACUAAAAACGGUUUGGCCAGGAAGUGAAUUGAAUGUAAUUUAAUCAACUGACUGACCUCAUGCUCCAAUUCCGACCGUUUUAGCGCCUACGCGAUCAUAACCGAAUGCAAGGUUUUUGCAAGUAACCAACGACCAAGUAUAGUCAUAAUUACUUGAGGUCUCAUCGUGCACAGUCAACCGUGAAACAUUAUUGAUCUCACGAAUUAGUCAUCGUAUCCUUUGAAAAAUAUAUUUAUUAUUUCGUCAACAUAGUAACAGAUCAUGUUGCGUCCAAAACCACAGUGGCAGUUGCAAGCUCUAGCAGCCCAAAAGCGGGACAAUGAACUUCGUCGUGCUGAAGAAUUAAAGAAGGUUGCCAACUAUUUUGAGAAGAACACUAACAAAUCAAGACACCACGAACAGUGGACAACUGAAGGAUACUACGAAAAGGCAAAACGAGAAGCUGAACUUUUGAGCGAAAGAAAGAUAAGAGCAGCGCAAUUGGAAGAAAGACGCAAGAAACUUGAAUUAAUGUUGUUCCAAGAAAAUAUGCAAUAUCAGCAGGAGUUGAAAGCUUUAGCCGCACAACCAAAGUUCUUUAAAAAUGGUUCCUACCUCAACAAAGUACCAACAUCAACUCUGCAAGAAAUAAAUCAAGGUAUAAUGGAAAAAGAGGAACAACUCAGGAAGCAAGAAGCAGAAUUAAAAUUGUAUCAUGCCUGGCGGUUGAGGCAACCAGAGUUGAGAGCCGCUUCAUCUUAUAUGGCUAAUGGAAAACUGAAGUCAGCUUGGCUUGAACAAAUAGUGGAAAAAGAGGUACAAAAGAAAAAGGAUGAUGAGGAAACUCGAAAGAUACUGCAAGAGAGAGAUGAAGCUUUGCAGAAGCAAAUACAAUUAGAAGAGCAAAGACUUAGAGAGAAAGAGCUGCAAAUGAGGGAGCUUAGAAGUGGUCUUGAAGAACAAAUAGCGGAAUUGAGUGAGAAAGAGACAGCUGUAAAGAAAUUGCGAACUUUUGAAGAGAAAGAAAGAAUGAUUCUCGACGAACUGCAGUUUAUAUCGAAUGAAAGAGAAAGAGAACAUUUAAAGCUUGUUGCAGAAAGAGACACAAGUAUUAUCAACAUGGGUCUACAUAAAUUUAAGCUUAAGAAAAAAGUGUUAUCCGUUUUGAACGAAAUAAGUUUGGAUUUAAAAAUGUUAGAGAGAAUUAGGAGAGCUGUUAUUAAGGAUAUGGAAGCAGACAAAGAGAAAUCUAAAAAUCACAAGCGUGUCUUAGAUGCGGCCUUACAUGAGUUAGAAGAGCACAGGGAGAGGGAGCGACAAAGACAAAAGAACAUUGAAACCAUGUAUGACGGAGAAGCAAGGCAACUUAACGAAAAACAAGAUAAGUUGUGGGCCAAAGAACGAGAAGCUCGAAGUAAAUUAAUGCAGGAAGUGAUAGCGACUUUAAAACGGCAAAUAGAAGAAAAGAUAGAAUAUAACAUACAGCAACAGAGAGAAAAUGUAUUAGAACGGGAGCAGAUAUUGGGCCAAAUGGACAAUUUCCAUCAAGAAGUGAGAGCAAGAGAGAGGGAAACACAGUUAAAGAAUACAUCAUAUUCCACAAUUACGACGCUCCAGUCGCAACUAAACAGUCUCAAACUACAAAAAGAGCAAAUGGACGCCGUAGCGAGUAGAGAACAAGAGUUGAGAGAAGCGGCACUUAACGAAAGGAGAAUUAGAGCGGAGAUCGCUAGGACACAACGCGAAGGAAAUACUCAAGCUUGGGCAUGAAUGGCUAAAGUAAUUUUCCACCAAUAAUGUGCGAGGAUGUGUAGCGAGGAAUGUUUUCGUAAAUAGCCAAUAGUAUCGCUUCAAACGCUAAACGCUUUAAACUUCAAAGUAAAUGAAGCGAUAUGAUUGGUUUGAUAAACCAAAAUAUUAUGGUCCCUCUUCACAAUGGGCAGUGUUGGCCCAACAAAUGGUCAUCGAUGUUUGUCGCCAUCACGGCGAUUUUGAAUAAACAUCUACAAUGAUAGUCGAUCAUAGACAUUUAGGUCCUCUAAACAAUCCUAUCGUCAUUGCCUCUACUCGCCCAACGCUGCCCAUUGUUAAGAGCGUCCAUUGAAGUGUGUGGUUUGACAGUUUUAUCCUUGCAUUUAUGACCAUCUGCCUUAACUGACGUUGUUCUGCCCCUUUUCAUGUUUUCUCUCCAUAAGAAUCUUCACUGUGCCUUAACUUGUGUUAAAUUUUUGUUAUAAUUUUUUUGCAAUAUUAUGUACAGCAUAAUUCAGACCGUUGUCACCCUCCCUAAAAUUGUAUUAUUGAUUUAUUGGUGCUCCCAUAUGUAAACAUUUACGGAUAAGAUAUAUUAUUAUUUAUGUACCUAACCUUUUCUUAAAUGAUUUAAAAACAUCUACAGACUCGGUCCCUGAUGUUAUUCAUAUCAAGUCAGUAUUGUAUUUGCAAUGGUCCGUGUUUAUACAUUGGUCUAGCUAGCUUAAAUGAAAUAAAUAAUUUAUUUUUAUAUACGUAGCUGCUAACAGGUAUCUUAUUCGUGUGUGAUCAUAAGAGGCUGUAUUUUUUGGUAUCAUUAAGGAAAAAAUGUAUUUAUUUUAAUGAAUGAAUUAUUUUUUUGUGAUUUUGAACGUGUUGAUGUAAGCUAUAAAUAUAAAAAAGUCGAGUCGAAUAUUUAUACGCAAAUAAUAGUAAGAAUUAUUAAAAAAUGUAUAUUUUUUGAGACUGGGUUUAAGCAUUUUUGUAUGGUAAUGUGUGUGUGAUUGACGAGUGAUAAAUAAAUUUUUCGUAAAAUA